UGGCAAGGACACCCUGGCUCUUGUGCCAUCCCAGGCCAGGCUCCAGCAGCCAGGUGGGAGCAACCCCAGGGCUGCAGCUGCUGCAGAGCCUCUGCCAGGAGGCCGGGGCCUCUGACAACACCUGAGGGAAAGUCUCUUUGCUUCCUCCACAGCCAUGGCCUCGCCAGAGGACACACAAGAGGGGGAUGCAAAGGCACAGCUCCUGGCAGAGGCAUUUCAGAAGGAAGGACUGGAUGCUGGAUACUGGCUGCCCAAAAUGUCACAGAUCCUGGGAAUCAAGUGCAGAGAAGCCCUGCAGCAUCUGGAAUAUAAAGACUACCUCAAGCUGGAGUGUGAGGUACGGCACCCCUGGGAGAAAAAGGCACUCCAGAAACUCCUGAAUAUAACAGAUGACAAAACAGCCUCUAAAGAGGUGCAAAAGGAGCACAUGGAGAAGGCAAAGCAAAGGCAGGAAGUGGCCAAACAAGCCCUGAAAGAUCUGACAGAAAUGCUCAACAGCCACAGCCACAGCCAGGAUGUGCUGAGGGAGCAAGCAGAGACUCUGUGGCAAGCCAUGGAGAUUCCCAAAGAGUUCUGGCCAUCGCCAAAGGAACCCUUGGCAGAAAUGCUGGAGAGCAUCCAUAAGCAGCUGGAGCAGCAGCAGGAGAUGUCAGCAGGCAGGAGGGAGAACAUCCCUGACACCGAGGUGCUGAGGCGGGCGUCGGGGGGACUGGCCCUGCAGGGCAUCUACAGAACCAGCAGAGCUGGAGAUGUGCUGGCAACGCGAGAGCAGCUCCUCAGGGUUCCUGAGGGAUUCCAGCUCGCCGGUCCAGAGCAAGGAUCAAUGCUUGAGAGGAGGGAGUUCUCCUCCUCUGCAGCAGAAUCCACUUUCACCAAGUCCAUGGAGCAGCUGGGGUUCAGCAUGAGCAUUUCUACCAAAUUUGCAUUCUGGAAAGUUAAUCCGGGAGCGGUUGUAGAUCACAGCAGCUCCUCGCAGUCCGACGCCACCCACCAGUGCCACUCUGAGCAGAGCUACUUCUGCACCACCAAGUUCCAGUACAUCCCCCUGGCCUCCUGCUACUUCCAAAGGCAUCAGCUUUGCCUCUCGGAUGCGGCUCUGCGGGAGCUGCAAGACAUGGAGCAGAUUUUGGGCUUCACUCGGAAAGAGGACAACCCAGACUUUGUGAAAAUGUGUGAGAGCUUCUUCAGCAGGUUUGGAUCCCACAUAAACCAGGGUCCCCUCCACUUUGGGGGGAUAUUCUGGUGGAAGGCGUCCACAGAAGGAUUCCAAGCUGAGCAACAGGAAGAGGUGAAGCGACAAACAUCUGCAGCACUGAACAGCUUUGUCAGGAAGAGCUAUGGUGACUUCCCCGCAAGUGCUGCAGGGGCCCUGGAUGUUUCCAAAUCCAUCUCACAGGCUUCUGUCCUGGGAAGAACCGGAGAGAAUUCCCAUUCAGCCAUUCAGCUCUCUGUGAUCAACACAGGGGGCCCAGCAGACACAACUUCUCUUCCUCAGUGGAAAACGGGGCUCGUGUCUGAUAACACAACGUGGUGCGUUAUCGACCGUGGCUUUGAGCUGAUCCCAGUGUGGGACGUCAUCCUGUGCAAUCACAGUGGGGAUUUUAAGUCUAUUGAUCAGAUGAGCGGAGCCCUCAGGGAUGCGUACAAAGCGCUGACGAAUGAGAGUGUUGGAACCAUUUUUGGAGAGGACCUGGGCAGUGCAGUGCAAGAGGCCAGAGAUUUCAUGGAGACUGUGAAGGCCUGGGAGGUACCAGCGGAUGAAAGGAAGCUGCUCCUGCUGAUGGAGCUCAAAGAUGAUCUGAAUGCAAAAACCAGGAACCACAGUGUGUGGAUCAAUGUGUGCCUGUCAGACAAAGCCCUGCAGGACUUCCUGGUGAACACUGUGUGGAGCUACAAGGAGUCACCUCCAGAAAGCACCUCCUCUGUCAAGGUAAUGCUGAGAAGCCUCCUGGAUCCUCACAUCUACUCUGUCAAGGACUUCCCUGAGGCUUCUUUCAUUAUGCAAUGGAUCUUCCAGACUGAGCACCAGCUUCCCGUAUCUCCCAAAAUCUCUGAGCUUGAAGAACUCAUCAAAACACUGAAGCAAAUGAAGGAGCACAUCUAUGCUGUCACCUACGCACCAGGAAGCUCUGCUUCUGCCGUUCAUGAAGCAAAGAUAAAAGCCACCCUGACCAGCAGCCUCGCCAUUUAUUCCUUACUCCAGUCUCUCCAGGAACGGGCUGAGAAGGACAUGGAACUGUUGGUGCUCUUGAUUGUGACCAGCACAGGGUACCAGGUGGAAAGCAGCACUUUUCAGCACCUCCUUGGACAUCCAGAAAUUCUGUACAUGGCCAAGGAAAUGGCAGAGGCAUAUGAGGAGUACGUGAACCUGAAGGAGCAGGAUGCUGACACAGCUGAGGCCUCCCUUCUGCUGAUGGGUCUGACUGUGACACCAGAAAGUCAAAAGCUGUCCCCUGAGCAGAAGAGGGAGCGUUUAGUUUUCAUGGAGGAUCACAUGAAAGGCUUGUGGUCCACACGGAUAAAGAAUCUCCUCCGAAAGCACAGUGCAGAUGGAGACUGGGAGAGGCUGGAACAGGACUUGAAUUCCUUGAUCAGUGGGUGCUUGGAUGACAAACUGGACAAAAAGAAGAUGCACAACAUACUCACAGACCUGGAAGACACUUUUGCAAAAUCUGAGGCACCCAGUGAGUCUCAACCAAAGCCAGACAGCAGCCAAUCCAAAGCAAAUGAAGCCAUUGCAAACCAGGAAUUCCUCCAGUUGCUCAAGCGCCUUGGACUUGAAAGUCACUAUCCAAGAAAAAUGGGGAUGGGAGAUUUCUGCACCAUUUGCAGAACAUCUCUGCAGGACAGCCAGCCCAGCAAGGACAAGGAACUGCCCUUCUACUUCUUGCAAAAGCUCUUAACUGUGGAUUACCAGGUGAGGUACUUGACUUGCUGGGAAACAAGCAGCCAAAGCCUUGCACCCCUGCCAAAAACAAGACAACAAAAGGACCAACAUUCAGGCUCCUUUGAAAACUUCCUUGAUAAUCUGACGGGAGCAACCCCUGAAUGUACAAUCAGGGAUGGCCAUGUGCACCCCAUGGACCUGCAGAUGGCCAUUUUCCACUGUGCUGAUGACUUCCUGAGACAGACCCUUGCAACCAAGCUGGCGUUCUGCCAACUGCCCCUGCCUCUGCUGCUGCCCAACCCGGGCACUUCACACAUCGAGUUCCCACUCUAUGCCCUUAGCCAAAUCCAAAGGAGCUGGAAAGAG